AAACAGACCCGUGAGACGUGUUUGUUCAGACAAACAACCCAUCAUGAACGCGUUACGAAAACUGUUCGAACCUUCAUUUUCAUCUUCAAAUCCAAAUGAAAUAAUAAACCUCACUAAUCGGGAAGUGCAGUUAUUCUUCUCAGAGAACACCUCAAUUUUUCACGAACCAAGGAAACGAAAAAGGAUGAGCGCUCCAUCGCCGCCUCCCAAACGAAUAAAGAAAACAAUGGAUAUAUAUCAGUAUGGUUUAGAGAAUGGCAUUAAACUACUUCUAAUAUUCAACAUGAAUAAAUUUCUCAAAUACAAAGAGAGGGAAGGAUCUUGCAAGGACGUUGAAAACCUCCAACGAGUAUUCGGCAAAUUGGGCUUCAAGAUAGAACUUCAUGUGGACUGCAACAAGGAAAGUGUUGAAAACAAACUGGAAGAAAUACGCACAAAUAAAAAUGGAUUGAAAAUCUCAUUAUUAAUGGUGAUUUUUAUGAGUCAUGGCGAUGGAAGUGGUUCAAAAAAUUUUAUCACUUCUGAUGAAAAGAGCAUGAAUUUGAAAACAGAAGUGAUGACUCGCUUGAACGAUCUGAACUGCCCUUCUCUUAAAGGUAUACCCAAGGUUGUGGUUGGAGUCUUUUGUCGAACUGUCAGCGAAGAAAAACCAGCUGUUAGCCCUGAUGUCUCAACUAAGUUUUCUAAGAUGUCAAUUGACCAAGCAGGAGAUUCGAAACUUACUGCUGAUGCAACAGAAAUUUCGGAUGCCAAGAUUAAUUUUACCAACACUGAUGCAAGACUUACAGACAGUGAAGUUGAAGACCUUGAAGUUGAUGCGUUGACAAUGCCAUGCUUGUCUUCGUUGGAAAAUGAUCAAGACUUCAGCGACUUUAUGAUACUUUUGUCGUGCAAGGAAGGAAGGUUUUCAAACAGAUGUCCAUUAAAAGGAACCAUUUUUAUACAAGCAUUCUGUGAUGUCGUUGAAAAAUUUUCAAAGAACCGUGAUAUGAACAACAUUUUUUGUAAAAUUCAGAAAACAAUGCGACGCAUGAGUCCACCUGAUCCUCGCUCAUUGGAAGGUUUCGAGCCGGACAUCGAAGUUAUUUGCUUUGAAACACUUUUCCUCGAAUGACAUCGUUCGUUCAUUCAAGAUCCUAAACGUCAUCGUCCACUUGCCUGGUUCUGUCUGUGAUGCAUUCCACACCUGCUGGCCGCUCACUUGUAUUUAUUCCAUGGUUCUUCUCAACUGUAUUGCAUUCAAAUGAACACUCUUUGAUUGUUAAGCGAGCUUUCAAAAAUUAUUUUUGAGGAAUUUAAACAUUUUACAGGCUUUUUUUGUGGAAUUUUAGGUUCUUCCGACAAGUUUCAGUUAGCCUAGCCUGACUUUGCGUCUUUUGCUGGAGUUUUGAAAAACACGUACAAUAAAUCUGAACUCUUUUUGCACAGGCCCGGCUUUUACAAACAACCGAUAGAAAACUAUCCUGAGUGAUAGUCGCUAAUUUGAUUUUUUCUCAGGUGAUUUUUUAUCAAUUGAUUUUAAUGGACGGG